UAGAGCUCGCUACUCCCACAUUCUAACAUAAACAAACAGAGACUUCGCGGCUAAAGAUACAGAGAGUGAGCGACGGAGAUUGGAGAGACUGAGAAAUCACCAACAAUAUGAUCAUUUCUGACGGCAACCAGCUCCAACUCUAGCGAGGUGCCAUGGGAAUACUUGUUCAAUUUGCUGACUGGAGUAAUUCAAUGUUGAGUUUGUUUUGUAGAGACGUGCAUAAAUAGUGGAUUAUCCUAAAAGUGACUGCAAUGGAAUUUUGCCCGACUUGUGGGAUGUUAUUGCAGUAUGAAUUGCCGCAUAUGGACCGCCCCGCCAGAUUCUUUUGUCCAACAUGCCCGUAUGUAUGUCACAUGGAUAGUAAGGUUAAAAUAAAAAGAAAGCAUCGGUUAGUUAAGAAAGAACUAGAUCCUAUCAUUUCCAAAGACGACGAGCUUGAACAUUUACCAGAAACUGAAGCUCCUUGUCCUAAUUGUGGUCAUCUUAAGGCAGCCUUUGGUCAACAGCAGACCAGAUCUGCUGAUGAGCCGAUGACAACAUAUUACACAUGCAAGAAAUGUAGACACAAUUGGAAAGAAGACUAACAUUGCCAUUCAAGCAAAAUCUUUUGGCUUACUGGUGGUUUGCCGUGAGGUUACACUUUUUAGGGGAGCAUUGCUCGUUCACUGGGUUGUAUUACUAUCAAUUCAACAUUAAGCAUCUUGGUGUUUUUGCAGAGGCUCCGUGCCUAUGACUGUUUGUUGUGCUACCUGGAAUCAUCUAUACUUGCCUCUUCUUUUCUCCUAAUUCUGUUAAGCUAACUGAAAACCAAGGGCUAACCCUCUUUAAUUAGUCAUAAUUUUCACCAUCCUGAUAGACGUGCUCAGGUGUCUGUUGAAA